AUGCCAUGCCAUUGGCCAACCAAGCGACCGAUGGACGAUGUGUCUCUCCGCCGCUCUGUCAUCGGCUCCCUCCGCAGCGUCUCUCCUUUCCUCAGUCGCCCUCCCAACGACGAGCUCGAUCCCCAACCAGCCGUCCGCGCAAUGAGUACCGCAGAGUCUAUGGCCAGCCCGCCGGCCCGAUACACUCCCGCGAGUCUCUUCCGCAGAGCGACCGGCGCCUCAUCAGCCCCGUCGACCCCUGAGAGCAGCUUCAGAAGCAGCAGCGUGAUGAUGCGCUGCAUGGAAGAAGAUCGUCCCAUACUUGGUUACGAUCGCGAAGUUGACCUCGUUGGCACCAAGGCCGAAUGCGAGGGCGAUUUCGACCUGGAAUUUAUGCGCGUGCUGGCGAAAAAGUAUAAGGCGACGGGCGGACACCCUCUAUUUGCGCUCCCUCCGUCUGUCAAACGAAGAAUUUACGGCUUUUGCUUCCCCAACGAAGCUCGCAAGAUCAACUUGUCGCCCUAUUUUGCCACGAAAGCCGUGUUCCCUGAGGGCUACUUUGCGAAUCCAUGGGAUAUUCUAGAUUCGGUGGCAGGGGGACUCGAGGCUUCUUCUCAGCUCCGCAAUGAGCUGAUGACUUAUUUCUGGACCGCAUACCAUUUCCAUGUCACCCUCAACGAGUUCAGCGGACCGAAGCUAUCUCCGCUGUCUCAUGUCUGGCUGAUUGAGCAUCUCGACGCUGUUCAGCACCUCACAAUCGAAGUCGACUUCACACGCUUCGGAUGUAGUCACCUGAGAGAUGCGAAGAGAUUCGGGUACAAUAUGACCAAGACCACCUUGCUGUUUGCCAUAAUUGUGCGCGGGCUUGGAGACCGUCCUGCUCAUUCAAAUAUUUCGCAGAUACACCUGAUGUGUCGACGGUACUCUGGUGCUCGUCCGCCCGACCACUUGUGGGUCACUGAAACUGAUGCUAAUCAAAAGCCAGCGCGAUACUGCCCUGUUGAAGCCCUGAAUAUUUGCAACAAUCUCAUGGCUCUGCGCGGCAUCAUUGACCAAUGUCGAGUAUCGGGCUUUCCAAUGGGCUUCUCUCUCGAGCUUCUGGACACUCUUUUCAAAGUCGAAGAGACGCCGCCCAGUUAUUUUUUCCCUAUCGAAGAGGCCUGGCCGGUUGUAACGCCACAAAUAUCUCUACCGUUUUCGGAAGUGCGCUCGCCAAUCAUCCCUUUUCCAAGCUUUGAGCAACCAAGCGUCACUAGUUCUCUGCCGGCGAGCUACUCUCUCAGGCUGCGCAACUCCGCUAGUACGCGGACCCUGAUCGAGGAAAUCGAAGAUGAGAUGAAUAGCCGUUCGCCGACACUGGUGUCGGAGGGCAGUCAUGUUCUCGGCAACUUCUCUGAUGCAGGAGAUUUCGGGCAGCAGGAACUUGGAGAUAGCGUAGCCACCGACGAACAAGUCCGGCAAGAUGAGGUCCAAAUUUCUGAAAUGACAACUUCUGAGCACCCUGACUCAAGUCCUCACUUCACCAGCUGUACUAUGCUGGACACCUCAUCUCCUGUGAUUAUACCCACGCCUUCUUUGACUUCUAAUGAGAUGCCAGCUUCUCUUCUGGCGCCUAGUCCUGUUUCGGCUCCUCUUGAAGAUCUGGAAUAUGGACAAAUUUCGACUCUUCUCGCACCAUCGCUACUCUCGCCACUCGCAGACGAUCAUGACGACUCCCCCGCGGCUGAGGCUGUCUCGACACCAGACCUGUCCUCAGAUCUACUUUUCAACUUGCCAACAACUCGAAAGGUUUCAAAUGCCUCUGAAGGUACGGGAUGCAUUCAUAAACCAGAAGAGAUUACAGGCGUCACGGCAACAACUCCUCCGAGCCCGCAUCUUGUGCCGCCGAUAUUUGGAGAAGGAAAACGGACACCGGGUCAUGUUACGCCUCCAGCUCCUUUAACACCUCUCAUGGCACCAAAGUCCUAUCAAGACCAGAGGCAUAUUCGGACCCCAGUGUCCCCAAAGCUUCGCCCACUUACACCGAUGUCUCGGUCGAGAAUUCCUCGAGCUAUGGCCGCAUCGUCACCCACACCCAAGACCCCAAACCGUAUGAAUGCAUUAAAUGAGCAAGACCCCGCUUUUAUCAGUACGCUUAGCGCAAUGAGAUCUUUUGAUAAACGCCCGAAUUCGAAGACUAGGAUCGCUUCUCCUGCCAAGAAGCCCGACUCUUUGGGCAUUAUACUUCCUGGUCCGUCUAAGAGAAAUUGUUCAAUCAUAAGGUUGACCUUUCCUUCGGUUUUCAGAGCGUCGGAGACCCCGGAUGGAAUCUGCAGGACACAGCAAUACCUUUCCAACUCUUCGACACAUCCUCAAAAGCAAAGGAGUAAAACGAAUCUGACAAACCAAGAGCCUGAUAUUAUCAUGGCGCACCAACGCCGCUACGAGAGUGAGGAGGAGCUUGCUGCUUGGUUGACUUUCGAGCGCCAAGAGCAGUCAUCAUCGAGACCCGGCGCCGGUAGCAAUCCUCAUGCCCACUCAGGCUCUGCCAACAGAUACGAUCCUCGUGGAGACCGCAGCGACUUUGUUGCUCCAUCCGCAACACCAAUUCCUCCCAAGCGCAAGGAACAGAGCCACUCGAGGCCAUCCGCCGCCUGUAACGCGUCAGCCCAUCCAACUCUGUCCCGCCGCUACGACCCCCGUGGUGCCCGUAGCGACGUCGUGGCUCCAUCCGCACCCCCAGACACGCAGCAAGCUGCUCGCAGAGAACAAGCUCCGAAAGCCACGACACAGCUUCCAAAACCCCGCCACCCCUCAGAAGGCACAUGCAAAAUGAGAUGCACCUUCUACCACAGCGUUCUCUGUCCCUCCUCCAAGAACCCGGAAACCGUGUGGAUCGACCCCGCCUACAAACCCAAGCCCGCCCCCGCCCCUGCUCCCGCUAUCGUACCCCUCGUCGCCAUACCAUCUGUCAUCCCCGUCAACAAAGGCAUCAAGCUUUGGGAGGACUUCGGCGAGCGGGGGGGCGACGCGCUGGAGAUGGUGAACUGGGAGGAAUUCGCACUCGAGAACGCUUGGAGGGAGCGCGAGCAGGCAGGCUCAGGCUGGUAUCGACAUUGGAACGGAACUGCAAGGCGGGGAUGA